CAUCCCUAAACCCCGAUUUAAAAACAAAGUUCCAAUGUUAUUGGAUUGUAAAUAUUGCCCAUUUUUAUCUAAAUAAUAAAUUAAAUAAUGGAGAAUACAAUAAGAAAAGAUCGGCCUAUUUGCCUUGGAUGCCUUGGCACACAGAAACUAUAUAAUAUGCAGGAAUAUCAUCUUGUUGAGGCGUACCAACUUCUUAUUGGAUGUACGAUACCCCCAGACACAUCUUCAAGUCUUUGCUACAUAUGCUCAACUUUACUCCUCAAAUAUGCAGCUUUUAGAAAUAGAUGCAGAGAUACAAAGAUUUUACUAGAAAGUGCAACGGGACAUAAUAUGGUAAAUCAAACACAUCCAUAUAAAAAAUCGGAAAUGUACAUCACAGAAUACCCUGAGCCUGAACCUAGCAUACUAGAGGUCAUGCUUGACUGCAAAACUGACAGUCCGUCAGUCAAAACUGAGACAGAUGUAAUACCUGAAGAAGAAAUAAAACUAGAAAUCAAUACGGACAUAGUAGAUCCACCAAAAGUAAAGAAAAAGAAACAUAAAGAAAAAAUUAAAAAAAGUAAAAGAAUUUUAAAAAUGGAAUCAGAGGAAAAAGAAAAAAAUGAUGAACCCGUAAGGUUUAAGCAAAAAGGACGAUAUUUUGAAACUAAAGAAAACAUGACCAACUUUCAAAGGAUAUUUGACUGUGAUAUUAAAGUAUUGAGUAAAGAGGAGCAGGUUCAAGAUAUUAAGGAGAGGAGAGAUGGGUUUAAUUACCCAUACAGAUGUGGAGAUUGCUUCAAAGGGUUUAUGGAUGAAGCAAAUUUGACAAAACAUAAUUUGUCAUGGCAUGAUGUGAGUCGAGGCGCUGCCGUAUGCGAUGUGUGUAAAAUCCGGUACAAAGACAAACGGGAUCUCAACCGACAUCUAAAAAGUCAUCGACUUAAGUUCACAUGCAGGCAAUGCAACCACGUCUGUAAGAACACUUCAAAAGCAAUGGAACAUUUCAAAAUGCACGGAGGACAGUUGUAUAGAUGUGAUCAUUGUGGGAAAACUUAUGAGAAGCAGUCUACCUACCUAACCCACAUGCGCGUGGUCCAUCCAUCAGCCCUUAUCUGGUGCGAGCUCUGCGGGGAGUCCUUCGUCUCCAAUUUUGGACUCAACGGGCACAAGAAACAGGCGCAUAAAGAGCUCAAAUACCCACCCAACACGACCUGCUCCAAAUGCAACACGCAAUUCAUGACAACAGAAGCUCUAAGGCGGCACGCAGACGCGGAUUGCGAAAUCGCGAGCUGCGUCCACUGUGGAGAGGGCUUUACAACUAGAUUAUUAUUGAAAGAUCACCUGACGACACACAGACCGACAACUGUUGUUGGUAACUUUCCUUGUGUUAAGUGCAACAAAACAUUCCCGCGUCAGAACCUGUACAGUGCGCACUACAGGCGAGUGCAUGCCGACUCCAGCCGCAAGAGGAAGCAGUUCAUGUGCGAACUGUGCGGGAAGGCGCUGCCGAAUAAGUGUGAGCUACGAUAUCAUCAACGGACGCACACCGGAGAGAGGCCGUUCGCGUGCCCUCACUGUCCGAAGAGCUUCAUCAAAAGGGCCUUUAUGAAGGCUCACAUGCGCGUGCACUCAACAGAGCGUCCAUUCGCGUGCAAGUUGUGUCCGAAAACGUUCAAAGGUCCCGCAGCGCUCAGCGGUCAUCAAUAUGUACACACAGGAAUCAAGCCUCCAGUGCGGCGGAAAAAGAAAGUUCCAUACGUAAUAGAUACUACUUUUUGGAAUUAAAAUAUAUCCAAGAGUAUCUAAAACUGACGUGCCAUAUGCUUACUGCCCAAUUUUAACACUUCUGUAAGAAAAACUCAUUGCACACACUGGUUGUCACACACUUUAUACAUUACGCUCUCUUAAUAAAAUAAUGACCUAUU